GUACAGAUGGGCAUAAAUUAUCAUUCAGUCUUCAGUCUUUAAUUCGACAGCAGUAGAAUCUCAAAAAAAAAAAAAAAAAAUUAAAAAUGAAAAGCCUCAUUAUCGCAUUCGCUCUCAUUGUUGCCGUCUCAUGUGAUGUUUCGCAUGUUGUACAAGGUGAGGGAUGGUCGAAAGACGGAUCUGGAUAUCAUUACAGUAAGCCAGAAGUAAAAUUCGAAUCACCUGAUGAAGUUCUCCCAGAAGAUGAGCCAAUUGUUGAGAUUGCCACGGAAGAACCAAUUGAAGAGCCUGUUACUGAAGUCUUGAUUGAAGAAUUGCCAACAAAUGACUACUUGCCACCAAACAACAAUGAAUACCUUCCACCAAAAUCCGAAGAAGCCAAGAGAAAGAGACAAGUUCAAGGCCGCAAAGUCUAUCGUCGUUUUGCAAAGAAACACUAAAUCAUUAAAGUAUAUGUGGACUGAUCGAUUUAUGACUACGGCUAGGCAAUAAAUCAACAUCGAAAGAAGAAGUAAAAGAGCUUGAACAACAUCGGAUGAUGAUGAUGAUGAUAUCUACAUUAGAUGUCUGUUCGUCAAUGAAAUUCUUUUAAGGGCUGUCAUUCGAUUUUGAUUUUAUUAAGCAUGUACAAUUUUCUGUUCAAAAAUUCCUUGUUUGUUUUUAAUUUAAAAUAAAUUGCAAAUUCCUUUAAAAAGGAAAUAA